AUGGCUCCUGCAGCAACCAGCCAAAACGGUCACAGUGGCGAACAAGAUCUGGACCUGACUUCCUCAGCCGUGGGGCAUCGUAUGGUCGAGAAUGAUACCUCUAAUAGCAAUGGCGCGGCGAGCAAUGGUGUCUCACAGCCAAACAUAAACGAGCUCGAUGCCUCGAAACUCAAGUACACAUUUACUGAUAGCCCCCGCGAUCCCCCGGCCCUGGGCAUAACAGAAGAUAAUGGCAACAGCAUCUGCACCGAUCAUAUGAUCACGGCCAAGUGGUCAGCGAGGACAGGAUGGGCUGAACCAGAGCUUAAGCCCUACGGACCUUUAAGCUUGAUGCCAACAGCCUCGGUCCUUCACUAUGCGACAGAGUGCUUCGAAGGGUUGAAGGUGUACCGCGGCUACGACGGCAAGCUCCGUCUUUUCCGUCCCGAUUGCAACUGCGAACGCAUGCUGAUGUCGUCCGUCCGCAUCAGUUUGCCAUCUUUCCCACCAGAUGAGCUUGAGAAGCUGAUUAUUGCUCUCAUGUCGGUCGAUGGGCCCAAAUGGCUGCCUCGGGAGCGUGCUGGUACCUUCCUUUACGUGCGGCCAACAAUGAUCGGCACGCAAUCGCAGCUUGGCGUACAGGCUCCCUCGGAAGCCUUGCUUUACAUCAUCAUAAGUUAUAUGCCCGUCAUGGACUCACCAGCCGGUGGCAUGAAGCUCCAUACGUCGCCCGAUGAUAUGGUGCGUGCGUGGGCCGGCGGUUUCGGAUACGCCAAGGUCGGCGCAAAUUACGGUCCCUCGUUAUUGGCGACUAAAGAGGCGCGUGCAAGAGGCUACCACCAAAUCCUAUGGCUUUACGGCAAGAGCGGCGAGUGUACCGAGGCCGGCGCCAGCAAUUUCUUCGUUGUUUGGAAGACGCGGGAGGGCAAAACCGAACUUGUCACAGCGCCACUAGAUGACCGUGUGAUUCUUGCUGGUGUCACUCGAAGGAGUGUUCUGGAACUUGCGAGAGAGCGCCUUGCUGACGAGGUAAAGGUCGUCGAGCGUAAAUAUUCCAUUGAUGAGGUUAUAGAGGCGAGCGCUGAGGGUCGGCUGGUCGAGUCGUUCGCGUCUGGCACGGCGUAUUUUGUCUGCCCUGUUUCGGUCAUCCACCACCGCGGCCGUGAUAUUCAAAUCCCUGCCGGCAAGGGCGGUGAGGGUGCGCCAAUUACUUUGCGCCUCAAGAAUUGGCUCGUAGGUAUCAAAUACGGCAGAGAGGAGCACCCUUGGGGUGUUGUCGUGCCAGAGGAGCAUUAA